AUGGCAAGAGGCCUGCUGCUCGUGGCGCUCCUGUGCCUAGCCGGUGCCGCGGUCGUAGUGUUUGAUAUCAUACCUCCUGUACCCAGUCCGCAUAUCCCAUCCACGCUCCUCACCUUCAUCUCCCUCGUCACUUUCGAUGUCCUCGCCACGGCAGUCAUCUCAUGGCGGAUCUACAAGGUCAUACGCGAGGCCGGUGGCCUCCAGCGACUGAGUAGGCAUAGUAUGGCCGGUCUCAUCAUGCGCUCUGGUGCCAUCUAUUUCAAUGUCAUGACCGGAAUCCAAGUGGGCUCUAUUGUUCUCUACGCUGAACCCGAGGGCGUCUACAGCCAAGCGUUGAACAACUACACCCUUCUCAUCUCCUCCAUCCUCACGUCGCGCUUCCUCCUGGACCUGCGCUCCGCCGCUCUAGACCGCACACCGGACAUCUCCACCUCCCAAGACUGCUUCAGCACGAACAUGCACUCGAUCAAGUUCGCAUACCGCAGGUCCAGGAGCAAUAAUAGUGUAGAGAAGUCACGUUGGCGGUGGCUUACCGUGGUCGAGGACUUCGAGGAUCCGGAGAUGUGUGAUUCAGACUAUAUGGGCGAUAAGGGGAGCGAACUACGGGAGCUGGAACAGGUGAGGGUAUCUACGGAGAAUUCGGAUGUUAGGACCGGGAGGGAUGAAGAAGAGACGAGUCGAUAG